AUGUUGUUGCGAAAUCGAGAACUAGAGCGACUAUCACGAGUGGCGCAUCGCACUCGAUUGGCCGAUCGCUCGCAGCAUCACGCGGCAAGCGGCGCACUUCCGCCACAGCAUGAGGAACUUCCGCCGCCGCCGCGUGCGGAACUUGUGAGGGCGGCGACGUGUUCGACUUCCCCUUCUCAACCCGUCUGCCCUUUCCCCUCCUUGUGCCGCUCUUCCCCGCCGCCUCCCCUUCCCCCUCUUCUCCCCCCUUAUCUGCGCCCACCAGAUCGACACCGUGUAUUGCAACCAGCCUGCCCGUGGUUCCAGCAGGACCUCUUUCCAGGCAGGUGGAGGUAA